UGAGGGUCGUACCGGUCGGCAACAACCUUCCCUCUCAGGACGAGGAGCAUCAUGAGGGCAGCCAGGGAGCAGCUGCAAUGGGUGGCACUAUGGGUCGCCGUCUGCUUUGGACUGUCUGCAGCCAACUCUGGCAUGGGUCAGACAGAAGCUAAAAUGCUAGUAGUCCCAGAGGUGAGAUCCUUCCACGAUGACGGCGUCUGCAGCACAUGGGGAAACUACCAUUUCAAAACGUUCGAUGGAGAUUUCUUCCAGCUUCCUUUCACCUGCAACUACGUCCUUGCGUCCGAGUGCGAAGGCAGUUUUGAAGAUUUCAAUGUUCAGCUCCAGCGACAGGUGACGAAUGGGGUUGUCUCCAUUAAGAGGGUCAUUAUGAAACUGGACGGGGUUAAAGUGGAAUUAGCCGACACUUCCAUCAAAGUCAACGAUAUACAUGUCUCUAUACCUUUCACUCAACCUGGCAUUUCAAUUGAAAGAACCGUUUCAUAUGUCAAACUCGAGGCAAAGCUGGGUCUGGUCCUCAUGUGGAAUGAAGAUGACGUCCUCUGGAUUGAGCUGGAUCCAAGAUACAGGAAUCAGACAUGUGGCCUGUGUGGUAACUUCAAUGGAGUCCAGGUUGAUGACAAGUCCAUCACAAUAGGGGAUUCUUCUGAAGAGUACGGGGAGGAAUGGGAAGAGAAUGAUCCCACUGAUAAGUGUGAAAAAAUCCCCUCUUCAGUUAUGCAGACCUGUGAAAAGCAGACGGACCUCUGUGAAAACCUGCUGUCAGGAACUGCCUUCCACAGCUGUCAAAACCUGGUCGAUACCCAUUCCUUUAUCAGAGCGUGUGUGAUGGACCUGUGCAGCUGUAACAGCAACAGUAGCUCCUGUUUGUGUUCCACCAUCUCAGAGUUCUCCCGUCAGUGCGCUCACGCAGGUGGAAAACCUCAGCAAUGGAAGACCACUCAGCUCUGUGCAAAAACGUGUCCGUUCAACAUGGAGUACAGAGAAUGUGGGAGUCCCUGCACUGACACCUGCAGCGACUCUCAGAGAAGCCAAGUGUGUGAUGAUCACUGCACCGAUGGAUGCUUCUGUCCAAAUGGGACCAUCUUUGAUGACAUCACACAAAGUGGGUGUGUUCCCUUUGACCAGUGCUCCUGUUUGCACAAUGGCAAGCCGUACGGUCCAGGGAAAUCCUACUCGAGGCCAUGUGGUGAAUGCACCUGCACCAGGGGUGAGUGGAGCUGUCAGGACGAUGACUGUCCCGGUAUCUGCUCCAUACUGGGAGGCUCUCACAUCUCCACCUAUGAUGACAAAACUUACACAUUCCAUGGAGAAUGCUCUUACGUUUUCUCCAAAGAAACUAACGGGACUUUCAGAGUCCUCGGUGAUAUGGCCAGAUGUGAUGUGAAGUCUGAUAAAUCAACUUGCCUGACUGCGGUCACGGUAAAGCUGGCAAAACAAAAGCAGAAGAUUAUAGUUAAAGCCGACGGACAGGUCUCAUAUAACAAGCAGAUCUCUCAACUGCCUCUUUUCACCGACGAUGUAACAAUCUUCAGUCCAUCAACAUUCUUUAUUGUGGUCCACACCACCUUCGGGCUCGAUGUUGAGAUUCAGCUCACGCCGGUUAUGCAGGUCUACAUCAAAGCCAGCGUGUCCAACAAGGGAAAACUUAAAGGUCUUUGCGGAGAUUUUAAUGACAAUCAAGCUGACGACUUCAGAUCCACAAGCGGACUGACCGAGGGAACAUGUAGGACAUUCGCCAACACAUGGAAGACCAGAGCCGGCUGCCCUGAUGUGUCAACCACGUUCGCGGAUCCCUGUAGCUAUAGCAUGGGCAAGGAGAGAUAUGCCAAACAAUGGUGUUCCCUGCUGUCAAAGCCAGGAGGGAUUUUCGCCAAAUGCCAUUCUGACGUAAACCCAGACAUCUAUGAGACUUCUUGUAUCUACGAUACAUGCGCCUGUAAAAACAGUGAGGAAUGCAUGUGUGCUGCCCUGUCCUCCUAUGUGCGAGCAUGCGCUGUUGCAGGUGUCUCACUGGACGGUUGGAGGACCACUGCAUGCGAUAAGUACACAAGGGGCUGCCCCUCUACUUUCGUGUAUGCCUACCAGAUGAAAAGCUGUGGACGCACCUGUCGCUCUCUCAGUCAUUCAGACUUAACAUGUGAGGUUGAGUUUACUCCUCUUGAUGGCUGCGGCUGUGCUGAAGGAAAGUACCUCAAUGAGAGGAGGGAGUGUGUGUCGGCCUCAAAAUGCUCCUGUCAUGUUGGGGACACAGUGGUGAGGCCCCAGCAGGCCAUUAAAGUCAAUGGAGAGACUUGCUCCUGCCACCAUGGAAAACUGAGCUGUAAAGGAAGUCCAAAACAUGAAUAUUGCACCGAUCCAAUGGUUUUCUUCAACUGCUCCACUGCAAACCGAAGUGAAAAGGGAACUGAGUGCCAGAGAAGCUGCCAGAAUCUGGAAACAGACUGUGUCAGUCCACAGUGUAUCUCAGGCUGCGUGUGUCCUGCUGGUUUGCUCUCUGAUGGCAAAGGAGCCUGUGUACAGGAGGAGGACUGUCCCUGUUCCUAUAACGGACAGUACUACAGUUCUGGACAGACUGUCACUGUAGACUGCAAUACCUGCACUUGCAGAAGCAGAAAAUGGACUUGCACAACUCAUGAAUGUGGUGGGACCUGUUCCAUGUAUGGAGAAGGGCAUUACAUGACGUUUGAUGAAAGGAGAUUCUCCUUUAAUGGGGAAUGUGGUUAUGUCUUCACCCAGGAUUACUGUGGGGACGAUAGGAAUGGCACCUUCAGGGUCCUGACUGAGAGCAUCCCAUGUGGAACAUCUGAAAGCAUCUGCUCUACUAAAAUCAGGCUCUACUUAGGGAACAAAGAAAUUAUUCUAACAGAAGAAAAUGUCCAAGUUGUCAAACAAAGCAAAGGGGUGGACAUACCCUAUCACAUCAACACUAUGGGUCUUUAUCUUGUCAUUGAGGCGAAGAAUGGCCUUGUUCUCAUGUGGAAUAAGAAGACGAUGUUGAUGAUCAAACUCAGCUCAGCAUUUAAGGGCAGAGUCUGUGGUCUGUGUGGAAAUUACGAUGGGAAUACAAAGAACGAUUUCACCACCAGAAACAAAGAAAUUGUGGUCAAUGACCUUGAGUUUGGAAACAGCUGGAAAUUGUCGCCUUCCUGCUCCAAUGCAAAUAUAUCAACAAAUCCCUGCAGUCUGUACUCACACAGGCGGGCAUGGGCAUUAAAACACUGCAACAUAAUCCACAGUGAAGUCUUUGCUGUCUGCCGUGAAAAGGUGGAUCCCAAAAACUACCAUGAUGCCUGUGUGAGAGACACAUGUGCCUGCAACACAGGAGGAGACUGUGAGUGUUUCUGCUCGGCUGUGGCAGCCUACGCCGCCGCCUGCAAUAAGGCUGGAGCCUGCGUGAAGUGGAGAACUCCCACAAUCUGCCCUCUGUUCUGUGAUUUUUACAACGCUGAUGGGGAGUGUGAGUGGCACUACAGCCCAUGUGGAAAACCUUGUAUGAAGACAUGCAGGAACCCCUCAGGGAAAUGUUACAACCACAUUCCAGCAUUAGAAGGCUGCUAUCCACAUUGCCCACUUGAACAACCUUAUUUGGAGGAAACUACCAUGAAGUGUGUGCCACAGGAGGAAUGCGGCUGCUACGAUGAUGAAGGGAAGCAUUAUGAAGAAGGGCAGGACAUGCCUACAAAAACAAACUGUCAACGCUGUAAUUGUUUUUCAACAAAGAGGAAAUGCAGCUAUGAUGUCCACGCUUGCAGAUGCUUAUAUGAUGGCAAAGAAUACAAGUUUGGAGAUAAGAUAUACGCCACAGAUGAUGGAGAUGGACACUGUAUCAAUGCUACCUGUGGAGAAGAAGGAAAUAUUACUAGAACAUUUGAAUAUUGCAUAACAACCACCCAGACACCAACCUUUAAUUUUACCACAACAGUAAAGCCAACAACCACUACAAUCACAACCACAACCACAGAGAAACCCCCCACCACUACAACCACAACCACAACCACAGAAAAACCCACCACCUCGACAACAACAACCACAGAGAAAACCCCCACCACUACAACCACAACCACAGAGAGACCCACUACCCCUACAACCACAACCACAGAAAAGCCCACCACCUCUACAACCACAACCACAGAGAGACCCACUACCACUACAACCACAACCACAGAGAAACCCCCCACAACUACAACAAUAACCACAGAAAAAUCCACAACUACUGAAACACCCAUAACAACCCCAAUUUCAACCACUACCACAGAGAAAUCCCCCACAACUACAACCACAACCACAGAGAAACCCCCCACAACAACCCCAAUCUCAACAACAAACCCCCCAACCACCACCGCUAAUUGCUUUGUUUGUAACUCGUCUGGUUGGAUCAACACGGGUUACCCUACAAAAACCUUAGAUGGUGGAGAUUAUGAAACUUUAGACAAUUUUACUUUUUGUAGGACACCUCUGGAGGUAAAAUGUAGAGCAAAAAGCUACCCAGAUACACCUCUGAAGGAUUUAGAUCAAAAAGUAACAUGCAACUCAACAGUCGGACUCAUCUGUCAUAACAAAGACCAGGGUCCACCUCCUCAUUGUUUGGACUAUGAAAUACAAGUCAAAUGUUGUACUUACAUGUGUUCCACUACAACCACUAUAACCACUACAACCUCAACCACAGAGGAACCCCCAACCACUACAACAACAACCACAGAGAGACCCACUACCCCUACAACCACAACCACAGAAAAGCCCACCACCACUACAACCACAACCACAGAGAAACAUCCCACCACUACAACCAUAACCACAGAAAAAUCCACAACUACUGAAACACCCACAACAACCACAAUCUCAACCACAACCACCACAACCCCUUCAACCACUACCACAGAGAAAUCCCCCACAACUAGAAUCACAACCACAGGGGAACCCCCCACCACUACAACAACAACCACAGAGAUACCCACUGCCACUACAUCCACAACCACAGAGAAACCCCCCACCACUACAACCAUAACCACAGACAAAUCCACAACUACUGAAACACCCACAACAACCCCAAUUUCAACCACAACCACCACAACUUCUUCAACCACUACCACAGAGAAACCCCCCACCUUUACAACAACAACCACAGAGAGACCCCCCACCACUACAACCAUAACCACAGAGAAACCCACUACCACUACAACCACAACCACAGAGAAACCCCCCACAACUACAACAAUAACCACAGAAAAAUCCACAACUACUGAAACACCCAUAACAACCCCAAUUUCAACCACUACCACAGAGAAAUCCCCCACAACUACAACCACAACCACAGAGAAACCCCCCACAACAACCACAAUCUCAACAACAAACCCCCCAACCACCACCGCCAAUUGCUUUGUUUGUAACUCGUCUGGUUGGAUCAACACGGGUUACCCUACAAAAACCUUAGAUGGUGGAGAUUAUGAAACUUUAGACAAUUUUACUUUUUGUAGGACACCUCUGGAGGUAAAAUGUAGAGCAAAAAGCUACCCAGAUACACCUCUGAAGGAUUUAGAUCAAAAAGUAACAUGCAACUCAACAGUCGGACUCAUCUGUCAUAACAAAGACCAGGGUCCACCUCCUCAUUGUUUGGACUAUGAAAUACAAGUCAAAUGUUGUACUUACAUGUGUUCCACUACAACCACUAUAACCACUACAACCUCAACCACAGAGGAACCCCCAACCACUACAACAACAACCACAGAGAGACCCACUACCCCUACAACCACAACCACAGAAAAGCCUACCACCACUACAACCACAACCACAGAGAAACAUCCCACCACUACAACCACAACCACAGAGAAACCCACUACAACCACAACCACAGAGAAACAUCCCACCACUAGAACCAUAACCACAGAAAAAUCCACAACUACUGAAACACCCACAACAACCACAAUCUCAACCACAACCACCACAACCCCUUCAACCACUACCACAGAGAAAUCCCCCACAACUACAAUCACAACCAUAGGGGAACCCCCCACCACUACAACAACAACCACAGAGAUACCCACUACCACUACAACCACAACCACAGAGAAACCCCCCACCACUACAACCAUAACCACAGACAAAUCCACAACUACUGAAACACCCACAACAACCCCAAUUUCAACCACAACCACCACAACUUCUUCAACCACUACCACAGAGAAACCCCCCACCUUUACAACAACAACCACAGAGAGACCCCCCACCACUACAACCAUAACCACAGAGAAACCCACUACCACUACAACCACAACCACAGAGAAACCCCCCACAACUACAACAAUAACCACAGAAAAAUCCACAACUACUGAAACACCCAUAACAACCCCAAUUUCAACCACUACCACAGAGAAAUCCCCCACAACUACAAUCACAACCACAGAGAAACCCCCCACAACAACCACAAUCUCAACAACAAACCCCCCAACCACCACCGCUAAUUGCUUUGUUUGUAACUCGUCUGGUUGGAUCAACACGGGUUACCCUACAAAAACCUUAGAUGGUGGAGAUUAUGAAACUUUAGACAAUUUUACUUUUUGUAGGACACCUCUGGAGGUAAAAUGUAGAGCAAAAAGCUACCCAGAUACACCUCUGAAGGAUUUAGAUCAAAAAGUAACAUGCAACUCAACAGUCGGACUCAUCUGUCAUAACAAAGACCAGGGUCCACCUCCUCAUUGUUUGGACUAUGAAAUACAAGUCAAAUGUUGUACUUACAUGUGUUCCACUACAACCACUAUAACCACUACAACCUCAACCACAGAGGAACCCCCAACCACUACAACAACAACCACAGAGAGACCCACUACCCCUACAACCACAACCACAGAAAAGCCCACCACCACUACAACCACAACCACAGAGAAACAUCCCACCACUACAACCAUAACCACAGAAAAAUCCACAACUACUGAAACACCCACAACAACCACAAUCUCAACCACAACCACCACAACCCCUUCAACCACUACCACAGAGAAAUCCCCCACAACUAGAAUCACAACCACAGGGGAACCCCCCACCACUACAACAACAACCACAGAGAUACCCACUGCCACUACAACCACAACCACAGAGAAACCCCCCACCACUACAACCAUAACCACAGACAAAUCCACAACUACUGAAACACCCACAACAACCCCAAUUUCAACCACAACCACCACAACUUCUUCAACCACUACCACAGAGAAACCCCCCACCUUUACAACAACAACCACAGAGAGACACCCCACCACUACAACCAUAACCACAGAGAAACCCACUACCACUACAACCACAACCACAGAGAAACCCCCCACAACUACAACAAUAACCACAGAAAAAUCCACAACUACUGAAACACCCAUAACAACCCCAAUUUCAACCACUACCACAGAGAAAUCCCCCACAACUACAACCACAACCACAGAGAAACCCCCCACAACAACCACAAUCUCAACAACAAACCCCCCAACCACCACCGCCAAUUGCUUUGUUUGUAACUCGUCUGGUUGGAUCAACACGGGUUACCCUACAAAAACCUUAGAUGGUGGAGAUUAUGAAACUUUAGACAAUUUUACUUUUUGUAGGACACCUCUGGAGGUAAAAUGUAGAGCAAAAAGCUACCCAGAUACACCUCUGAAGGAUUUAGAUCAAAAAGUAACAUGCAACUCAACAGUCGGACUCAUCUGUCAUAACAAAGACCAGGGUCCACCUCCUCAUUGUUUGGACUAUGAAAUACAAGUCAAAUGUUGUACUUACAUGUGUUCCACUACAACCACUAUAACCACUACAACCUCAACCACAGAGGAACCCCCAACCACUACAACAACAACCACAGAGAGACCCACUACCCCUACAACCACAACCACAGAAAAGCCCACCACCACUACAACCACAACCACAGAGAAACAUCCCACCACUACAACCACAACCACAGAGAAACCCACUACAACAACAACCACAGAGAAACCCCCCACCACUACAACCAUAACCACAGAAAAAUCCACAACUACUGAAACACCCACAACAACCACAAUCUCAACCACAACCACCACAACCCCUUCAACCACUACCACAGAGAAAUCCCCCACAACUACAAUCACAACCACAGGGGAACCCCCCACCACUACAACAACAACCACAGAGAUACCCACUACCACUACAACCACAACCACAGAGAAACCCCCCACCACUACAACCAUAACCACAGACAAAUCCACAACUACUGAAACACCCACAACAACCCCAAUUUCAACCACAACCACCACAACUUCUUCAACCACUACCACAGAGAAACCCCCCACCUUUACAACAACAACCAAAGAGAGACCCCCCACCACUACAACCAUAACCACAGAGAAACCCACUACCACUACAACCACAACCACAGAGAAACCCCCCACAACUACAACAAUAACCACAGAAAAAUCCACAACUACUGAAACACCCAUAACAACCCCAAUUUCAACCACUACCACAGAGAAAUCCCCCACAACUACAACCACAACCACAGAGAAACCCCCCACAACAACCACAAUCUCAACAACAAACCCCCCAACCACCACCGCUAAUUGCUUUGUUUGUAACUCGUCUGGUUGGAUCAACACGGGUUACCCUACAAAAACCUUAGAUGGUGGAGAUUAUGAAACUUUAGACAAUUUUACUUUUUGUAGGACACCUCUGGAGGUAAAAUGUAGAGCAAAACGCUACCCAGAUACACCUCUGAAGGAUUUAGAUCAAAAAGUAACAUGCAACUCAACAGUCGGACUCAUCUGUCAUAACAAAGACCAGGGUCCACCUCCUCAUUGUUUGGACUAUGAAAUACAAGUCAAAUGUUGUACUUACAUGUGUUCCACUACAACCACUAUAACCACUACAACCUCAACCACAGAGGAACCCCCAACCACUACAACAACAACCACAGAGAGACCCACUACCCCUACAACCACAACCACAGAAAAGCCCACCACCACUACAACCACAACCACAGAGAAACAUCCCACCACUACAACCACAACCACAGAGAAACCCACUACAACCACAACCACAGAGAAACAUCCCACCACUACAACCAUAACCACAGAAAAAUCCACAACUACUGAAACACCCACAACAACCACAAUCUCAACCACAACCACCACAACCCCUUCAACCACUACCACAGAGAAAUCCCCCACAACUACAAUCACAACCAUAGGGGAACCCCCCACCACUACAACAACAACCACAGAGGAACCCCCAACCACUACAACAACAACCACAGAGAGACCCACUACCCCUACAACCACAACCACAGAAAAGCCCACCACCACUACAACCACAACCACAGAGAAACAUCCCACCACUACAACCACAACCACAGAGAAACCCACUACAACAACAACCACAGAGAAACCCCCCACCACUACAACCAUAACCACAGAAAAAUCCACAACUACUGAAACACCCACAACAACCACAAUCUCAACCACAACCACCACAACCCCUUCAACCACUACCACAGAGAAAUCCCCCACAACUACAAUCACAACCACAGAGAAACCCCCCACCACUACAACAACAACCACAGAGAUACCCACUACCACUACAACCACAACCACAGAGAAACCCCCCACCACUACAACAACAACCACAGAGAUACCCACUACCAUUACAACCACAACCACAGAGAAACCCCCCACCACUACAACAACAACCACAGAGAUACCCCCCACCACUACAACCACAACCACAGAGAAACCCACUACAACCAUAACCACAGAGAAACCCCCCACCACUACAACAAUAACCACAGAAAAAUCCACAACUACUGAAACACCCACAACAACCACAAUCUCAACCACAACCACCACAGCCCCUUCAACCACAACCACAGAGAAACCCACUACAACCAUAACCACAGAGAAACCCCCCACCACUACAUCAUUAACCACAGAAAAAUCCACAACUACUGAAACACCCACAACAACCACAAUCUCAACCACAACCACCACAACCCCUUCAACCACUACCACAGAGAAAUCCCCCACAACUACAAUCACAACCACAGAGAAACCCCCCACCACUACAACAACAACCACAGAGAGACCCACUACCCCUACAACCACAACCACAGAAAAGCCCACCACUACUACAACCACAACCACAGAUAAACCCCCCACCACUACAACAACAACCACAGAGAUACCCACUACCACUACAACCACAACCACAGAGAGACACUCCACCACUACAACCACAACCACAAAGAAACCCACUACCAUUACAACCAUAACCACAGAAAAAUCUACAAUUACUGAAACACCCACAACAACCACAAUUUCAACAAAAACCACCACAGAGAAACCCACAAGCAGAUCUACAACAUGCUUCUGCAACUACCAGAAUCAGACUUUCUCCCCAGGGAGCUUCAUGUACAAUAAAACUGAUGGUGCUGGCUGGUGUUACACUUCAUAUUGCAAUUCAACAUGCAACGUUGAGAAGCUUGUCAGACCAUGUCACUCCACCACUCCACAAGCACCGACCAGCACGACGUCAAGCUCUGGCACUACAACACCAACUGGCUCAACGAAAGUUACAGGAUCCACAGUGACGCCUUUCCAAGACUGCUCAUAUCUGGAGCCACCCAGAAAGCAUGGAGAGACGUGGAAGCAAGACAAAUGCACCACAGCAACAUGUUAUAAUGGUACAGUACGAUCAGAUCGUACAGUAACAUGUGAUUCAGUGACCAAGCCUGUCUGUGAAAAUGAGUUCGAGCCACUCAAGGUCUAUGAUGAAACGGGCUGCUGUUAUCACUACGAAUGCAGAUGUGUCUGCAGUGGCUGGGGAGAUCCUCAUUAUAAGACAUUUGAUGGUCAAUAUUACAGCUUCCAGAAAAACUGCACAUACGUCCUGGUCAAAGAGAUCAUUCCCAGAUACGGUUUUAAGAUUAUUAUUGACAAUGAAAACUGUGACGCCUCAGGAACUGUGACCUGCACUAAAUCCUUGAGGGUGUAUUACAAAGAGUAUGACAUUAUUCUCACGCAGGAGAGGAUUCCCAAGUUCAUAAACAAGGUCUUCAUCAACGACCAGCGGGUUAUUCCAACCUACUCUAAUGAGGACCUCAGUAUUAAAAGUACAGGGAUCAAGCUGGAAUUGAGAAUCCCAGCAAUUGAAGCAUAUGUGAUGUUCAAAGGACUUUCAUACAGCGUUGAAUUGCCAUUUGCGCUGUUCCACAAUAACACAGAGGGACAAUGUGGUACCUGUGACAAUAACAAGACAAAUGACUGCAGAGUACUAAAGCCCACUACUCAUAUCUCGUGCCCUGAGAUGGCAGAACACUGGCGUGUAAACGAUACGAAAAAGGAUUAUUGCGAGAGGCCACCUACUGAUACAACACCCCCACCUGAAGUUGAAUGCGAUCAUGAUAUCUGCAACAUUUUGAACAGCACGGUGUUUGAGAAAUGCCACAAACUAGUCCCACCACAAUCCUUUUAUGAGGGCUGUAAAUUCGAUGUUUGCCAAAUGCCGAAUUCCAGCCUGGGUUGUUCCAGUCUGGAGACUUAUGCCACGAUGUGCGCCGAUGUUUCUGUCUGUGUAGACUGGAGGAAAGCUACGAAUGGACAGUGUGAUUAUACAUGUCCAGAAAAUAAAAUCUACAAACCUUGUGGACCAACGGCUGUGCCAACAUGCAAUGCAAGGUACAAUGACAAGUAUAUAGAACAAUGCCCAGGAGGAAAUCCUCCACACAACGAUCAAUUUGAUGGAUUCUUGGAGGGAUGCUUUUGUCCAGAGGGGACGACGCUGUUCAGUUCAAAAUUGGACGUUUGUGUCGACGCCUGUUGUACUGGACCUGAUGGCCAACCUAAACACCUUGGUGAGUCUUGGCAGGUUGGCUGUCAUCAGUGUGUGUGCACUGACGAGAUUGUUCAGUGUGAACCGCGAACUUGUCCCACUCAAGAACAAGUGACCUGUGCUGAGAAAGGUGCGGUGUUGGUGAACCGCACAGUGGACUGCUGUGAGAUUCUGACAUGUGAAACUCCUGGCCAGAGCUGUCAAAUGAACAGGACCUCCACCUACCUGAAGACAAAGAAUUGCACGUCAAUUGUGCCCGUGGAAAUGACAGCCUGUGAAGGAUCCUGUGGAGCCUCCUCGUCCAUGUACUCCGCAGAGCUCAACAGCAUGACACAUGCAUGCUCAUGCUGUAAAGAAAUGGCCUCCAGCGAGAAGGAAGUGGAGAUGAUCUGCUCUGAUGGAAGCAGUCUGAAGCACUCCUACAUUUCAGUUGACAAGUGCGGCUGUCAAGUCGCGGAAUGUUCUAAAAACGGCAAAGAAUAGUGGAAAAUGUUUGAAACUGGAAACUAAUCUCACUCAAAUAUUUUUUAACUUGAUUUUGAAAAAUUCUACUUUAUUUACUUCGAGCUGUUCCACCUUCAUGUUUCAUGUCUUCCUAGGAUGAUUCAAAUGUUUCCUACAUAUGUAGACACUUGGUCUUUUAACCUUUAGAGUACCUGCAUUUGUUUAAAGUGAGGCCUCUCUCGCUUCAUGACGAUAGCACAGGCUGGUGUCAUGUUCUCUUUUAACUUUUUCCAAACAUCAUAGGAUGUUUUUCUGUCUAAGAGGGUCUUUAUUCCAAUACCUCAAGAGAAACAAUUAGAUAUAAUGUAUACUGCAUAAUGUUUUGCAGUUUUUAUGUUUUUGGUGAAAGGUUUUUCCAACAUCUGAUCACUUACCGUUCUGUCAAAUAUGAAAAUCUUCAGUGCUAAUAAAACUACUAAUGAUCAUGCAUUCUA